AAAAUUUCUUUUUUUUUUCCUACUCUUGCUAUCCGCUAUUUUCACAAAAUUUCACGAAAUGGCGCAAAAUUUUCUAUACAUGUUCGAGUUUGUGGUGGACGACUUGCUGAUCACAAGACAGAAUCUGUGCGCCCCCGAGGAGUACCCCACAUGCUGCGAGAUCACGUUCCGAUCGAGCGUGUUCGUGUCGAUCUGCGAUCGUGAAUAUGGCUCUUGCGUGAAUCCUUGCCAGCCCAAGUGCGGCAAGUGUUGCAUGUUCUCCCUUGAGUCGCCGGUGACUGACAAGGAUCGGGUGCUGAUUCACGUCUAUAAGAAACGAACCGAUCGUUGCAAGUUUCUCAUUGGCCUGUCGGAUCUGGCCGCUAAGCCGAUAUUCGAUCGUGUUAAUGAGUCGUUCCAAGCUGAGAACCCUAACUGGGAGAAAAUUCUGAACGAGCAUAUUAACAACAUGCCCAAGAUGAGGCAGGCGAGCAAAAAUCCGCUGGACAAUUGCGCCUGCUAUGAGCGUGCGAUGGAGCGCAAGGAGCAGCUUUGCCCCACCUCGGAGCUUUCAAAGCGUCUUCUCCCGCUCUUCAAUCUGUGCAAGAUGCAGACGGGUAACAUAGUACUGAUUAUGCGCCUGGUGUGCAAUGGACCGGCCAUUGUGUCCUCAUUCCCCUUCAAUCGCGUCUGCUCGCGCAAUCCCAAGUGCCCGGAGCCCUGUCCGUCUUGUCCAUCCUGCGGCAAGGCACCAAAGAACGCCGGCGGCGGACAGAUUUGCCCUCCCCCAUCCAGCUGUGGUGGCGGUUGUGGUGGUGGUGCCGGCGGCGCUGGCGCGGCUGCGGCUGCAGGAGCUGGAGGUAAGAAGUGCAGGGGUAAGUGUCGCAGCCCGAGCCCAGUGUGCGUGCAGCCGGAUCCGUGCUACAAGCCAGAUGAUGAGCCCAUGAAGUGUCUGCGGUAUUUUGCUUGCAAUCUGGAUAAGAUGUGUCCCUGCGACUAUUGCGAGGAUGAGUUCGACCGUGCCUGCCCCACCGUGCCACAGAAAAAGAAGAAGCUAUCGCCAAUAGAACAGCGCUUGGAGCCAUGCAAUCCUUGUGGUGGCAUUCCAUCCAUGCCGCGCAAUCGAGGCGGUGCAAGUGUCGAAGGUGGAAAAAAGGACAAAUAUCCACGUCAAUCCGGUGGAGGCGUUAUUCAGGUCUGUGACCCCGAUGCGAAACCGGAAUCAAGGUGCGGAAAAUGUGAUCCCUGUGAGAACGCUUGUUGUCCCGAAUACGAAAUGUGUUGCGACCAGGCGCGCCAACGAGCUAUACGGAAAUUGCGCCAUUUACUGGUUAAGUACAAUAUCCAAAUUGAAUAAUCCAAUCCAUUCCAAAUUCAAUUUCGAGCAAAAACAAAGGAUCUGGUGAACUAACUUUUGAAAAUGGCCAAAAA